ACCUGCCCCCGUGCAAAGGCGCCUGGCUCAGCAGUGCCCCGGGGGAAAGGCCGGAGCGGAGCCGUGCGCAAUGGUCGGGGCUGGCAGGGGCGGGGGUUUUGCACCCGCUCCCUCUCCUGGCCCUGGAUAAAUAAGGGGCCGUGGCCCCCGCCCCUGACACCUUCUCCUUUGGGCCCCCAGCGUUCCUGCAAAGCCGGUGGUUGAAGCCACGCGAGCAAUGGACCGCCAGGACUGUCCGUGUGCGAUCGGUGGCACCUGCACCUGUGGUAACAACUGCAAAUGCACAAACUGUAAAUGCACAUCGUGCAGAAAAAGCUGCUGUUCUUGUUGCCCACCUGGAUGCGCCAAGUGUGCCCAAGGAUGUAUCUGCAAAGGACAACCUUCCACCAAAUGCAGCUGCUGCCAAUAAUGUAUGCAACUUUCCUUACUGACCAUGAUCUGUAUAUUUGGUGACAUGAAAAUAACCUUACUGUGCAUUUUGUAUAUUUGUCCAAAUACGGUCAGUAUUUGUGAUGUGAGCAUAAACUACUUAAACCAAUAAAAUUACAUGUAUAUACGUAUCUUAA